CGGGGGGAGGCAGCAUCCCACACACACACGGACGUGGGGACGGCAGCGUCCAUGACCGCGGUGAAACCUCCUCUUCCCGCCCCGCUUGAAACCCGCUCACGGCUCCGCCCCGCCCCGCCCCGCACGUCAUGGGACGUCACAGGCGUGACGCGCAGGGGGCGGGGCCGGGCACCUGGUGUUGCGCUCAGCUCCCAGAAGCCCCCGCGGAGGAGGAGGAGGUGGAGGUGGAGGCUGCCGGGCCGGCGGAGACGGUGCGCGGGGUCUGCCCGCCCGCCCGCGGGGUCGCGGCGCGGCGCGGCGGUGGCGGUGGCGGACGUGCGCGCAGAGGAGAUGCCGCCGCCGGGGGCGCGGCGGGAGCAGCCCCAGGCGCGCGGUGCGGACAGGCCGCUGGAGGAGGCCGGGCGGAGGGAGACGCGGGGGCCUGGGGACGCCGAGGAGGAGCCCCCGCCCCCGCCCCGCCAGGACUCAGGUGCUGGGACUCUGAGCAGAGCUGAGCAGCAGCCUCCUGAGGAGGGACCUGUAAACCUGGAGCUGCAGAGGACUUCCCGAGGAUGUCGGGAGGAGAGAGGCUCCCUGACACCUGAGCCAGGCCAAGUGCAGAGGCGGCAGAGCAAACCUCCGAAGCAGGGGGAGAGCUUGGAGCUCCAGGAGGUGUUUCAGGACGUGGCUGUGUACUUCACACGGAAGGAGUGGGAGCUGCUGGACGAUGAGGACAAGGUGCUUUACCGGGACCAGAUGCUGAGGAAUUUCCAAGCCCUCGUCUCCCUGGGACAUCAAGGUCCCACACCCGACUUAAUCUGCCGCAUCCAGCGAGGACUGGUGGAGCUGUGGGUCUGUGAUGAUGAGGAUGGUGGGGAAAUGUCCAGGUCAGAGGAGCUGCUGCCAGGAAGUGCCUGGCUCCUCAGAGAAGCUAAGGAGGAAACUCCUGUGGAAGGGCCUGCGGAUCCGGAGUCACCAUGGACUUUCCCUGAGAGUUUGGGUGAGAUGGACUCCCUGAGACCUGAGGAGGAGCACUGGCCCAAGAGUCAGGGGAGACCCCAGAAGCAGAUGAAAAAUGUAGCCGUGAACCAGUACCGACGCAUCCACCUGGGCAGGAAGACACACCGCUGCACUGAGUGCAGGAAGAACUUCAUCUGCUGGCAAGACCUGUCCCAGCACCAGUGUGGGCAGCACCGCGGUACCAAGUGUGGGAAAAGGUUCAAGCUCUCCAACCUGGUCAGGCACCAGUGCAUGCACAGAAGGGAGAAGCCACAUGAGUGCUCAGAGUGUGGGAAGAGCUUCACUCAGGCCUGUGACCUGGCCCGACACCACCUCAUCCACACAGGAGAGAAGCCACAUCAGUGCUCAGAGUGUGGGAAGAGCUUCACCCGAUCCUCUAACCUGGCUCGGCACUAUCGUAUCCACACAGGGGAGAAGCCACAUCAGUGCUCCGUGUGUGGGAAGAGCUUCACCCGUUCUUCUAACCUGGCCCAGCACCAGCGCAUCCACACCGGGGACAAGGCACAUCAGUGCUCAGAGUGCGGGAAGAGCUUCACCCAGUCCUCCAACCUGGCCCGGCACCAGCUUCUCCACACAGAGAAGAAACCACAUCAGUGCUCGGAGUGUGGAAAGAGCUUCACUCUGUCCUCCAGCCUGGCCCAGCACCAGCUCAUUCAUAUGGGAGAGAAGCCACAUCAGUGCUCAGAGUGUAGUAAGAGCUUCACACUCUCCUCCAGUCUGACUAAGCACCAACAUAUCCACACAGGGGAAAAGCCCUAUCAGUGCUUACAGUGUGGUAAGAGGUUCGCUCACUCCUUCAGCCUGGUUCAGCACCAGCGUAUCCACACAGGAGAAAAGCCGUAUCAGUGCUUGGAGUGUGGGAAAUGCUUCACCCAAUCCUCCCAGCUGGCCCAGCACCAGCCUGUGCACAUGGAGGAGAAGCCACAUCAGUGCUCGGAGUGUGGGAAGAGCUUCACUCUCUUCUCCAGCCUGGCUAAGCACCAACGUAUCCACACAGGGGAGAAGCCUUAUCAGUGCUUGGAGUGUGGUAAAAGGUUCACUCAGUCCUCCACCCUGGUUCAGCACCAGCGUAUGCACACAGGAGAGAAGCCACAUCAGUGCUUGGAGUGUGGUAAGAGCUUCUCUCGCUCCUCCAGGCUGGCCCAGCACCAGCUUAUCCAUACGGGGGAGAAGCCACAUCACUGUGUGGAGUGUGGGAAGAGCUUCGCUCGCUCCUCCUACCUGGCCCAGCACCAGCUUAUCCAUAAAGGGGAGAAGCCACAUCAGUGCUCAGAGUGUGGGAAGAGCUUCACUGUCUCCUCCAGCCUGGCUAAGCACCAGCUCGUCCACACAGGAGAGAAGCCACAUCAGUGCUCGGAGUGUGGGAAGAGCUUCACUCUGUCCUCCAGCCUGGCUAAGCACCAGCUCGUCCACACAGGAGAGAAGCCGCAUCAGUGCUCGGAGUGUGGGAAGAGCUUCAUUUACUCCUCCAGCGUGGCUAAGCACCAGCGUAUCCACACAGGAGAGAAGCCACAUCGAUGCUUGAAGUGUGGGAAGAGCUUCAUCCAGUCCUCCCACCUGUCUGAGCACCAGCUCGUCCACACAGGGGAGAAGCCACAUCAGUGCUCAGAGUGUGGGAAGUGUUUCGCUCGCUCCUCUGACCUGGCCCGGCACCAUCGUAUCCACACAGGGGAGAAGCCACAUCGAUGCUCGGAAUGUGGGAAGAGCUUCACCUUCUCCUUCCAGGUGGCCCGGCACCAGCUUAUCCACACAGAGAAGAAACCACAUUGAUACUCGGUGUGUGGGAAGUGCUCCCCUCACUCCUCCACACUGACCAAGUACCAAUGUAUCCAUAUCCAGGAGUAUCCAUAAUUCUUCCAGCAAUGCUGGAAGGGUUUGGGGAUGUAUACCUGCUCAGCCCCCACCAGUGUCUUCAUCCAGGCAAGGAGCCUCAUGCUGGUGGACUGCAGCAGGAGUUCACCCAUCAUUCGACCCAUUUAGGGUCCUGCAGAACCCCAAGGACGCAGAGGCUGGUCCCCAAAGUUUGAUGAGGGGAGGGGUUUAAAAGAAACGCCUCAUGCAGAGGCCAACCCGGAUGCUUGGGGAACUUGUAAGAAGGCAAUCUUUAAAUCAGACGUGGAGCUGUGCCAUCCCCAUCAUUCUCUAAAAGCAGGCAGUGUUCCCAAGGGGAGUAGAAGUGCCUUCACAAUAGGGUUCACUCCCUUAUGCAACUCGCUCUAAAUAACGCCUUGGGCCUGUCUUGGGAUGACUCCCAGCUCUGUCCUCCCCACCUGGUCCCAGGGUUCUUGUAUGUGAGGCUCCAGAGUUGCAGGAAGGAGGACAUUGAUUGCUGGGGAGGUGCUCCCUGCCUUCCACCCUGACCUUGCCUUUCCUUCCCACCACAUAACCCCACUCCCAAGCCUGCACGUGCACAUUGGGGUCUGCAAGAAGCUGAUACUGCCACUGCGUGAGCCCAGUUUGGCAGGUUUUGCUUCUCAGCCCCUCGUCAGAACUCUUCACCACGCAGUGCCAGCUGCUCCCAACCCCCCAUCCCUUCAUCCCAUUCUCUGUAAUGGAUUCCACGCUAAUCAACCCCCACAAUUCACCACAGGACUGGGAAAUUAUUUCAGCUUGUAAACCUCCAGAGUAGGUGACCUCCAUGUGACUGCACCACCUCUGCAGGGAGUUUAUUCCAGAAUCUGGACGCUGACUGUGAAUGAGUUUUUCCUGGGAUUAAUCCUGAAGAGGUUUUCCAGGAGUUUGUAUCCAUUGGUCCUGGUCUUCCCUGGGGGUGCCUUAGUGAAGAGUUGUUCACCGAGCUCCUGAUGUGCUCAUCUGUUCCAAGCUCAUCUCUGGACCUUCUCAAGUUUUUCCACGCCCCUAUUGAAGUGCAGCGCUCGGAACUGGACACAGUACUCCAACUGCGGUCUCACCAGUGCUGAGUACAGCGGGAGUAUUGCUUCCUUAGUUUUACAUGAGAUGCAUUGGUUGAUGCAUGCCAGUAUGGUGUUUGCCCUGCUGACCACCGCCUCGCACUGAUGGCUCAUAUUCAUAUGAUGGUCAAUCAUUACCCCUAGGUCCCUUUCAGCCGUGGUGCAAGUCAAGCUGUUACCACCGACCCUGUAAGUAUGUUGAGAGUUGUUUGGCCCCAAAUAGGAGUACCUGACACUUAGAAGUGUUAAACUUCAUCUGACUCUGGACUGCCCAGCUGUCGAGCCUGUCCAGGCCCAUCUGUAUCUGCAACCUAAUCUAAAAAGUGAACAUCUACAACAUUCAUUAAUUUGUUGUCAAAAAAUAUUUUUGUCCUGA